GAGAGAGAGAGAGAGAGAGUUGGAGAGAAAAGGAGUAAAAAAAGCAGCAGCACUCGGGUUUGCCAGCGGUCCUGCGAGCUCGUCCAACAUUGAUUCGGUUCUCUUUUUUCUGCCCGUAUUCUGCGCUUUGCCUUAGCCAGAUUUCCCCCACCCACCCCUUCAUUGCAGGAGUGUGUGUGUGUGUGUGUGUGUGUGUGCACUCCGCGCUCUCUGAGUCUUCUACAGGACUCAAAGAUCUAAGAAAACACUUAUAACGCUUUGCCAAGGAUUUUUUCGCCUUUGUUUACAUUUGUUUUUUGGUGGGUUUUUGGAAUGCGAAAGUGUUUAUUUUGAGCACAGCUUUUCUAGUUCAUAUUUAGUUUCUUCGUACCCACUCUAUUUUAUUACAUUUUGUGUUAUUUAUUUAUUUUUGCUGUAAUUAUUUUGUCAGCACUUUUGCCAUCUCAUUAUUUCACCUGGAACCAUUUCCCGCGAAGAAAAGCAAAGCAAAAAGAAAUGUUUUGAAACACAUUUUCCGAUCUUGAAAUUAACUUCUUUCCGCCGGCAAUUGGAGCUUCUCCAGUUUUCUUCCUCUUUUGCCCAAGUUUUUUUCCUCUUUCCAAUUUUUCAUCCCUGCCAAGCCAGCAGUUGUUUUGGCGCAAGUGGCAAAGAACUGGUGCGGGUGGAUUUUUUUUCUACCCUGAACGGCGUGCCAAAUUUAUGAUGAGAGUGCAAAAUGGAUGAAUUCCAUCCCUUCAUCGAGGCUUUACUGCCACACGUCCGCGCCUUCUCCUACACCUGGUUCAACCUGCAGGCCCGCAAGCGCAAGUACUUCAAGAAGCACGAGAAGCGCAUGACUAAGGACGAGGAGCGCGCCGUCAAAGACGAACUGUUGGGCGAGAAGCCCGAGAUCAAGCAGAAGUGGGCGUCCCGACUCCUCGCCAAGCUCCGCAAAGACAUCCGCCCGGAGUUCCGUGAGGAUUUUGUACUCACCAUCACAGGAAAGAAGCCGCCGUGUUGCGUGCUGUCCAACCCCGACCAGAAAGGCAAGAUCCGCCGCAUCGACUGCCUGCGGCAGGCGGACAAAGUCUGGCGUUUGGACCUGGUCAUGGUGAUUCUCUUCAAAGGAAGUCCUCUGGAGAGCACAGACGGAGAGAGACUGGUCAAGUCCCCGCAAUGUUCCAAUCAUGGCCUGUGCGUACAGCCGCACCACAUCGGAGUGUCCGUGAAGGAGCUGGACCUGUACCUGGCCUACUUCGUCCACACGCCAGAAUCUGGACAAUCAGACAACUCCAACCAACAAGGAGAAGCAGAUAUCAAGCCUCCGCCCAACGGGCAUUUGAGUUUCCAGGACUGUUUCGUCACGUCAGGCGUAUGGAAUGUGGCCGAGCUUGUCCGUGUGUCACAGACACCAGUUGCCACUGCAACUGGACCCAACUUCUCUCUGGCCGACCUCGAUAGUCCAGGAUAUUACAACAUCAACCUGGGUCGCCGAUCCAUUACAUCCACACCAUCGACCAGGACUGAGAUGGAGUUGUAUGCCAGUCUCCCACGGAGCUCCAACAAGCGUAAAUCGAUUGAUGACAGUGAGAUGGAGAGCCCAGUGGAUGAUGUCUUCUAUUCGGGUCGUUCUCCAGCCCCGGGAGGGUCUCAGCCCAGCGGCUGGCCCAAUGAUGUUGAUGCAGUGCAACACCAUUUGGCCAGUAUGCAGGAGAGGAAGAUAAAACAUGAAAACGAUGGCGUGCAGUUUCCUUAUCAUGGGCUCUCGUCGCCUGGUUCUCUUAAGAAGCCGGGGAAAUUCGAUUUCAGCGCUCUGUCCGGCUAUACGAGGUCUGCCCGCAUGCCGUUCACCCAUCACCCGCUGCCCAUGCUGGCAGGUGUGAGACCAGUAGCAGGAAGUCCCCGUGCCUCAGCUUCAUCUCUUCACUUCCCCUCGCCCUCCAUCAUUCAGCAGUCCAGCCCGUAUUUCACUCACCCCACGAUCAGAUACCACCACCACCCGGGCCAGGACCCGCUCAAGGAGUUUGUGCAGUUUGUGUGUGCUGACGGAUCAGGACAGGCUAGCGGCCAGCCGAACGGGAGCAGCCAGAGCAAAAUGCCAGGCUCCUUCUUGCUGCCUCCACCCCCCCCUGUGGCGCGUCCAGUGCCCCUCUCAAUGCCAGACUCUAAAACCAGCAGCACGCCCCUCGAUGGCGGACUCACCUCACCCACAUCUCCGUCAUACUCCUCGCCAGGCUCCGCAGCUUCCAACAGGUUUGUCAGCAUCGGAUCACGGGACAACAACUUUCUGAACAUCCCCCAGCAGACACAGUCAUGGUUCCUUUGACGAGGUGCUGUCUACAACCAGUCGACACUAUUUGAAAAAAAUAAAUAAAUAUAUAUAUCCUAUUUGAAAAUUCCCCUGACCCUCUUCUGACAUCACGAAACGAACCCUAAUAAUCCUUAGCAGAAUAUAUUUGGGAAAUCCCAAUCGUCCGACACCUGUCAACCCUGCCACACCUGCCUCUGUUAAAAACUUCAGGAUCACAUCCCGAGGUGAGGGAUCUUCUCUCAAGAAACGCCGGAACACAAAUGGCAAUAUUAAGGAAGAACAUGAUGAACAGAAAUGGAAACUGUUACUUGGAACGAAGAUGUAGUAUACAAUGGCUGGGAUUAUCAGUUUCAGUUGUGAGGAUUCACAAAGAACAAAAACGCAGGAUUUUAAGAAAUGAUCAAACCAAUUUUUGUUUUGUUUUCAACACACUUAAACAUGCUGACUUUAAGAAAGAGACAACACUUAAAGCCCCAUACGUUCAGAAUUUUCAAUCAACAUUCUCAGCGUCUUCGUUCCCUUUUUGCAUUUGCAGACAAUUUAAGGUAAAUUGCUAAACAAAAAAUAUUAAAGAGAAAUCGUAACAGAAGUAUUGCACUACAAAAAUGCGAAGAACACUAGUUUGAUGUGCACUAUUGAAAAUGGUAUGGAUGGCGAACAUUAUUUGCACAUUUAUUGCGGAGAAAAAUGAAAGUGACACAACGCACUAAUGCUACCUAGAAAAUCUUCGUUGUUAGGCGCACGCCAUCAUAGGCACGAAUAGACAUGGAUUGAAGUUCAGGCCGUUCACCCACAGUGCCAACUAGACAUCAUGAGAUUUUAGUUAGCACUAUAGGACGAGUAAUGCCAAUAACAAACAACACACACUUACAGCCAUAUGUCCAAGCUACAAUAAAAAUGUAAAAUCAGUUUCUUGCACCCCCAGCUAAUCAUUCCGUUAUUUCCAUUUCCUAAUUUGAACCUUCUCUUUUAAUUGAAGCAUUAUGUCUGAGCUACAUUGUUUUAAUUCUCUGAUUCUAAAAGAGAAUUUAGAACAUUUUCUCAGGAACAAAUUGUAUCAAAAUCAAUUUAUUACAGCUCCCAGGAAAUCAUUCCGUUAUUUGAUUUUACCAAAUUUUCAAACUUCUCUUUUUAGUGUAGCCUCGUGCCGUGUUGGGUAAGUUACAAAAAAACGGUAAUACGCUACAAAUCGCUAUUUACUUCUAUAAAAAGAUAAUCAGACAAAUUUACUGAUUACUUCCUCGAAAAAGCAAUAAUUUCCCAUUUAAGUUACUUCCUAAAACACUGUUUUGUUUCAAACUCAAAUAAGACGUUUUUCUCCCUUACAAUGACUCGAAAUGGGCCAAUCCAUCUGUUGUUACAGAAGAUCAUUCUAUAUAAUUCUAUAGAUUCUAUAUAAAUGAAAUUUAUUUUUGAAAUGUGUAACUUAAAUGUACUUAAAAGUAAUGAUUAGGGUUAGGGUUAGGUGGGUUAGUGUUAGGUUAAUUGAAAGUUAACAUAAGAAAUACCUAACUUAAUUUAAAUUCAGUACAUGUAAUCUGAUUACUAGUAUUUAAAAUGUAAAAUGUUACCCUACUUUUUUUUUGCCUACAAAGGUCAUUAGAUUACAUUCACUAAUUCAUUUGUAAUCGGUUCACACCCAACACUGGCCAUAUAUCCGCGUAACAAUGUUUUGAAAACGAACAAACAUAUUUUCCCGGGAAAAAGUCGUAUCAAUUCUAUAUCUUACAACCCCAAAUAAUGAUUCAGUUCAUUUCAAACAUUCUCUUUUUUUCUCAAUUGUAGUGAGGCAUAAUAUACCCAUUAGCGCUAAUAAAGAUGUCCCUAGUGACACGCCCACCUCUGUGUUUUGUUUACUUAUCUGUUUACACUCCCAGAAGUCCUUGUUCCAAGAACAAAGGACGACGCUGCGGAGCAAAAGAAUGUGUGACAUAUCAUAGCCGUGCUCAGAGGGAGGUGGGCCACCCCGGGACCGCUUUUAUUAGCUGUUACUUUUCACUCUCCAGUUGAAUAGUGAUGUUUCGGCAUGGCUGUCAUACACACACAUUUACACACACAUUAUCCUCCACAGAUUGACCUCAAAGGGAAGCCUUUACAGUAAAUAGUCAGUUAGGGCAAUCUUCAACUGCCAGUUAAUAGAUAUUAUGACAUCACUUCACUAAAAACGUUUUAUUUUCAAUGUAACUGCAAAAUUAAUAACCUCACAAAAUAACUGGACUGCCUGACCAUGUGUUUCACUGCAGGGAAGCAUCGUUGCUGGAACGGCGGCCACGCUAUCAGUUUGGUGUAAAACUAAUGCAAGAAUCAUGAUGGCAAUGGCCUUUUCUUUUCUAAUCAAAGGAAGUGCCUCUGUAUUCCCAUUAUGCAAUUUGUUAAGCAUGAAUUCAGGUUAUUUUCUCGCAUAUAAGCUAUAGAGGAGGGUGACAUUUUUAUGAGAAAGAAAAAGAAAAGCAAGUGUCAGCUCACUAGUUACAAACAUCUUUAUAUAGACAGGAUAUAUCCAUAUAUAUUUAUAUAUACCUUUUUUUUUCUUUUUAUUAUUUGCCUAAUAAGCUCAGUGGCAGUCUAGUUAUUUUUUGAAUUAUGACAUAAUCACGAGUUAUCAUAAAUCAGCGAUUCGUUCAGAAAUCCCGAAACCCAGUUCUGCACUUGAUAAAUAAAGUGAAAACAGUCUUCAGCAAAACCGGCGGAAAUAUGAUUUCUGUAGAAAACAUUAUAGAUAGUGUAGGAACUAAAAGCACGGCGUUUGAUUUGUGUUGUGUUUGGACAGGAAGUAUUUGUUAUUGCGAAAUUAAGUGUGUUGAUUGAGCCAUGUGCAAUGCCUUGGGUAGAAACUGUGUUUGUCUGAUUGUUAGGGUGUACAGCAAUGCGUAGAAGUGAAAAAUCCUUCUAUUAUAGUAAAGUCCACGCUGUCCGGGACUCUAAAUGAAAGGGCAGAGAGCGCACGAGAGAAAACGGCCUUUGUAAGUUUUGGGAAUUUUUUUUUGUUUGUUUUUUAUCUUUACUUUUCUGCUUUUUUAAUGUUUAUUUGUAAAGAUUCGUUCUCAAAACUUAGGAGGGCUGAAGAAGCAGUUUUUGCGACACGUCGGAAUAUAUCACUAAAUAAAACAGGUGCUUUUUAUGCAUUAAAGUACAUUCAAUCUCUAUUAUACAUAAUAAAAUGAACGUAAGUGUUAUUCUACAAAGUUUAGGGAAAAAAAAUGUCAUUACUCCUUUUUCCCCUUUUUGUAUGUACUAUAGGGGGAGGGGUUCAUUUUUGUCAAGGUUGUGACAAAAGGCAUUUUUCCUCCAACUUUUUGCAGAAGAAAUCGUCAGCGUUGGUAAACAACUUCCCGAGAAGUAGUGGCUGAUUUUUUACGAUUUCUUCGGUUUUUAAGAUUUGUGACAUAUAUAAUGAGACAUCAUACUAUGCAUUCCAGUUUUGUAGGACUUCCAUGCUUUGGAUCACCCAGUGUCACUACUUACAAACCGUUGUUGUUCUUAAUGAACUUUGCGGCACGGCUGAAACUUUUCUGAAUUUUUGUACGUAAAAUUGCUAACUCACCAUAAAUGACAAGAUCUUCCCUGUUUAUGGGAGAGGCUUUAAACAAGCGGAACUAAAUUGGCUAGAAACUACACAUGAGUUCACAGAGAUGGGCAUGAUUUAAAUUUUCAGUAGCUACCUUAUUCGAUCAGAAGCUGUAGUCGAUAAACGGUGAAUCUCAAGAAAGUAGUUUAUAUAUCACUCUGAAAAAAAUAAGAAAUUGUAUUUUGCAUAAAGAAAAUUCUGCCUAUUUUAGGAUAUUACUGUUUUGACAAUAAAUAUUGCCAAUAGAAUUCUUUUCGCAUUACAGCAAUACGAAUUGUAGAGUCGAAUGUGCUUAAAUGGCAAAAAAAAAUCAUCGUUAUUUUUUUAUUUGACACUUCUCACGCCAAACAAAGUCGGCAACGAUCAGAAAUACAGUUGUAACGAAUUGAACCCCUCCCCUCCGAAUCCACAGCGCCCCCUACUUGCCCCCUGUGUAAAUGAUUCUAAAUAUUUGUUUUGUGAUUUAGUGUUAGGCUCAGAGCAUCAUUAAGGUUGUCCCUAAAAAGUGCCUUUUGUUCACAGACUUCAUCUUGUAAUCUUGAGUGCCCAUCAAAAAAUCAAAAAAUCUAAAUAAAAAAAAUCCCCUCCUUCAAACUUCUGUAUCUUCUUCUGCAAGUUCUUCAAAGCAGUAUAUAUAGUACUAAAGGAAUCGGUGUGACUUAGUUCCUCUUUUUAUUGUUGAAUAAUUAAGAAAACUGUAAAAAAAUGACAAAAAAAAAAAAAUAUAUGUCUUGCUUUUCCUUCCCCUGUAAUCUUGUCUUCUGACUCUUUUGGACACUGGAGUAGUCUAUAGUUGCAUAACCAUGUCCCUUUUCUCCGAACGGAGGGGUUUUAAAAUCAUUUAAAAAAAGAUUAAGAAAAAAAAGAAAAAAUGUUGUCUGAGCAGAAUGCAGUUAGCUCACAUGUUAUUCUUGUCUGUACGCUUCACGUUGUAUUCGAUCUCUUCAGCUUCUCCAUUGAACAGUUAAUGUAUGUGAACAAGUUACGCCGGUGAGCUCUGGCGGGCGGUCGGACAGAAGGAUGUUUGCCGGAGAAACACUUAUUUUGACGAAAUGCAAAACCUGUGAAUACCGACUGCGGGGGUAGAAUAGGCAAGUUUGAUUCUUUUCUUUUUUUUUAUAGAAAAUAAAAAAGCGUAUUUAUUUCUUUUAUUUUGUUACCAAAUUGAAUUUGAUUUGCUUUGAUCUGUUUGUAUUGAUAUUGCAUUGAGAAUCUGUAUCGAUGAUGCACCUUUUUAAUGGUUGUACGAGACCAGAUAUUUAAACUGUUGUUAAAACGUUUCUGUAAAAACGAAGCACCUUACAACGGAAUGGUUUCAGUCCAGGGAAAGCGACAGACAGUUUCUAUACAACAUAACUCAAUAAAGAAAUCACAGCAACAAGCCCAGUGUUACGAGCCAAACCCUUAGACCAAAGUGAUGCAUGCCACAAAAACUAAAAUUAACUUGAAAACUCACCAGCAAAGCCAACACGUGCUUAACAAUGACUGCAUGCUUCUUCCAACAAACAAACGUAUCCAAGUAUUUCACGUUCUUGUAUACAUAAAGCCAGGAUCCAUGCUGGCUAUGGUUAUUAAUAACAAGAAGUGAUGGCCAUAGAGACGUACAUGUGUUUGGCACUCUCAGAGUAUAUUGCCACUCCCUGGUACUGACCGUCCUUUUUUUUUAAUUUAAUUUUUUAUAUUCACUUUUUUGUACUCUUUUUUUUCUUUUUUUAUUGGAGUAUUUGGAUGUUUAGAAUAGCACGAGCCCUCGGCAGCUUUGGUCCUAGUUUAACUCCGUGAACAGCAUCCUCCUCGGUUCACUCGCCCUCCAGAGCUCAUGGUGAAAUGCAUGUGUUGAUUACAAUUUCUUUUGCAUAAUAAGAAAAACAGUUUGAAAAGAGCAGCACCUUUAACUGAUUGAAUAAAAGGAUGUUCUUGA